GCCAUUAGGACCGUGCGGGCGUCUCGGUACAAUAGAGCUGUUGUGCCGUGGUGGUGGACAGACUGCUGCCCAGGAUCUCCCUCUGUGCUUCGGAUACAAAAACCCCAAAUUCCCCCUCUCUAAAAUCACCGGAGACUCCGUGUAUAUCACCCCGUAUUCUGGAGGUUUGAUCCGGACUGAAAAGUGGCAGGAAUAGAGCGGACAGCAGCCGGUGGACUGAAGGAUGUUACAGGAUGAAACGUCUCCAUUCCUCCAGCAGCAGCGACAGUUCUGACAAUGAGAGUCCCUCUACUUCUUUCUGCUCCUCAAACAAAUAUGGCGGCAAACCUGAAACCCCCGCCGCCGACCCGAAGAAACCGGCUGAAGUGUUCAGAAAAGACCUGAUCAGCGCCAUGAAGAUUCCCGACUCGCACCACGUGUCUCAGGAGGAUUACUACCUGCUGGCUGACACCUGGAAGCAGGAGUGGGAGAAGGGGGUUCAGGUGCUGGCGUGCCCCGACACCAUCCCUCAGGCCUCCGUCAGAGCGGUGCUGGAGAGUCCCAAAGAGCUGCUGUUCACGCUCCAGAGGAAGUUCAUCCAGAGCUCCGGUCAGGAGUCCGCGGAGCCGGGAUACGUGAACAUCAAGGAGCUGUCGGAGAACAUGUGCCGCUACGACCUGGACGACAUGGACCUGCACUGGCUGCACGGCCUCAACACGCAGCUGCAGCGCAUGGGCGAGGAAACGAUCGACGAGCUGACGAUGGAGCGCGUGAUGGAGGCGCUGGAGACGCAGUGCCACGAGAACAUGAAGCACGCCAUGGAGACGGUGGAGGGGCUCGGCAUCGAGUACGACGAGGACGUGAUCUGCGACGUGUGCCGCUCCCCCGACAGCGAGGAGGGCAACGACAUGGUGUUCUGCGACAAGUGCAACAUCUGCGUCCACCAGGCGUGUUACGGCAUCGUCAAAGUGCCCGUGGGGAACUGGCUCUGCAGGACCUGUGUCCUCGGCAUCGACCCGCAGUGUAUCCUCUGUCCUCAGAAGGGAGGGGCCAUGAAGGCAACACGGGCCGGGACCAAGUGGGCCCACGUGAGCUGCGCCCUGUGGAUCCCAGAGGUGAGCAUCGCCUGUCCGGAGAGGAUGGAGCCGAUCACCAAAGUGUCGCACAUCCCCCCCAGCCGGUGGUCCCUCAUCUGCAGUCUGUGCAAGUGGAAGACAGGGGCCUGUAUCCAGUGCUCGGUGAAGAACUGCACCACCCCCUUCCACGUGACCUGCGCCUUCGAGCACAGCCUGGAGAUGAAGACCAUCCUGGACGAGGGCGACGAAGUCAAGUUCAAAUCCUACUGCCUGAAGCACAGCAAGUCCAAAGAGCCCGGACUGAGCCCCGCUCGAUCCAAAGCCCCUCCCGAGGCGCAGAAGGGGGGGCAGCGCGCUCAGAGGCUGCAGGAGCUGGAGGAGGAGUUCUUCACCCGGGUGCAGCAGGAGGACCUGGUGGGGGUCGUGGGGCUGUCGCUGCGCCUCGUGGACUUCAUCUUCCAGUACUGGAUGCUGAAGAGGAAGGCCAACUUCAACCGAGCCCUGCUGCCCCCCCGACAGGGCGAGGAGGGCCUGGAGCUGCAGCCGCAGGAGGACAGCAUCCACACCCGCAUGAGGAUGUUCAUGCACCUGAGGCAGGACCUGGAGAGGGUGAGGAAUCUGUGCUACAUGGUGAGUCGUCGUGAGAAGCUGAAGGUUCUGCAGAGCAAAGCCCAGGAGCAGAUGUUCAACCUCCACAUGAAGCUGCUGAACCAAGAGCUCUCUGCUGGUCUUCCUUCUUCCUCUUCAGCUGAGAGCGUGCUGUUUCGUCCUCCUCCGAGAAUAACUCUGAAGCUAAAAAUGCCCAAAUCCUCCAGCCUGGGAAACGGUGGUUCUAAAUCCGGGAAUGGGCCGCUGUGCCCGGACAAUAGCGUGAAUGUGACGGAUCAUUCAGGGGAAGGGUUGGGUCUGGGGAAGCCUCAGAUGCACGGACACAACCGGAGAGACGAACGUUCAAACGGGCGUAUUUCGUCCUCUUCCUCUAGCCGCCCGAUGCUCCCCGUCACGAAGCCCGGCGGGAAGCCUCUGGCUCUGCAGGCGGCGCUGCACGGACACGCCUCCCACAGCAACGGCAAAUCCAACGGCCUGCUGGAGAAGCUGGUGUCGCAGAAGAAGGACAGUUCCUGCCAGACUCCCAGCGAGCAGGAAGCUACAAAAAGCAGCUUCCGUAAGUCCGCCAUGGAGCACUUUGGCCGCUCCUUUAAAGAGGCCACCAUCAACCUGGUGAGGACCACGGAGGACCUGAGGGCCUCCGACAAACUGAGCCGCAAAGAGAGACUGUGGGCCAAGCCGGUGUCGGAAACCCCGGUGGCGAGCGGGAGGCAGGACAGCGACGGGUACUGUCCCGACCUGGAGCUCAGCGACUCGGAGCCCGAGGCCAAAGGGAGGCACCGGCGGCGACAGGGGGGGGCGCCGGCCGACCCCCAAAAGAAACAGGGCUCCAGACACCCGGUGCAAAGGUGACGGCAGUGUGCACCCCCCCCUCCACACUGAAAAAGCUGAAAUGUUGAGUUUAAUUAUAUAAAUGAUCUCAACAGAUUUCACAUUAUUGUAUUAGGUUGGUUGAAAGCAAUUAGGUCUAACUUAAUAUUGUUGCUAACCUAAUACAUGUUUGUGAAAUCUGUUGAUAUGAUACAUUUAAUUAAAGUCAGCGGUUCCGUUUUUCAGUUUAGUCUUCCUAAGUGUCUUUGUGAACACGCCUGUACACUACAGCUGCAGAGAUUCAUCCUCAAAACUGUUAAAACUAUUUUGAUAGAUUUCAUUUUUUAGAAAAAAAAGACAAAAUUCUGUAACUCCAGCUUCUUAAAUGUGAAUAUUUUCUCCUUUUCUUUUCUCCUCUUUGACAAUAAACUGAAUAUAUUUGAGUUGUUGACCAAACAAAACUUCAUUUUUCACCAUUUGAUGGACCAAAAAGCUAAAGGUGGUGCAGGAAUGAGUCCUAAAACCAUGCCAUGACUCAGCAUUGUAGCACUUCCUGUUCCCUCAUCUUAAAGUCAAUGGUUUUCUGAAUGUGCUUUUGGUUAGAAGCCUGAAAUAAGGUCUGUGGUUAAAACAAGGUGAAUAUAUUUUUAUCCCACGACAUCACAUUUGUCAGUAAAUAUCCCGCUGGUGAAUUUAAAAAGUAAUCCUUCUGAACAAAAUGACAUAAACAAUUUUCUGCAAUACUCCACAACUUGUAAAAUCCCAUUGGCUUUUUGUGGAGGGAACCAGAGAGAUGCUAUAUUAUACCGCAAUAAAUAUAAUUGCUAAUUGCAGCUCUACUGUACGUACGCGAAGGUGCAUUAAGGGAAUUUUCAGCAACAUCUCCAUUUGUUAAUUAAAUCACAAAAAUAGCCCCGUGUUAAUCUGUCGGAUUUUCACGACUGCCUUAUCCUGACUACAGUAACAUCUUGUAUGAAACGCACACGUUCAAUUUGCAUUUCUGACUCAAACUGCUGUAUGUUCAAAUGGGGAUGUAAAUACUGUGAAUCUCACAUGUUCCACUAUCAAAGCAAAUCGUCACCAGAAAGUGAAAUCCAGCAUGUCCUGCACCUGUUUCUCACACUUGUCUGUUAGUUUGUUUUCACACAGGUGAUACACUGACUUUUAUAUUGGUCAAGUAUUGGGGGGUCGUUUUACAAACAGAAAUGUGUGUGUGCAGUUUUACACCAUUUGUAGAACAAAAGGAGCAUGAAAAACAUGGAAGUUCUUGUGUCAAAGUGAAAAGAAAUGUGUGUAAGAAAAAGAAUCAUUCCCUGACUCAAAGCAGCAUUUAUAAAACGAACGACAGAAAAUAUUCGCAAGCUAUUUUGGUAAUUGUCAUUUUUCAUGCAGAAAAUGUCUAAAUGUUUCCAGCCUCUCAAAAGUUGAGAUUUUCUUUCGGUUUUAUAUCAAAACGAAGACAUUUAAAGACGAUGUUUUCAACAAAUAAUCAAGUACAUGUUCAUUAGUUAGAGUUGAGAUGUGUUCUUCCCUCAGCUCAUCACAUGAUCAGCCUUCACUAUCACUCACUUCCUCUAUAUUUGUCUUUUUCUGUUUCUUGUUACCUUUUUUGUUGUUGUAAUAAAAGACCUGGAAUAA